UCAUAGCAAUGUUCAUGAGAUCAGCUCUGAACUUAUCUGAACAUACUGUACAUGUUAAAUCAGUGCUUUACUUUGAACUAAUAAAACACCGUUAACUUAUGUUUUCAGUGUUCUAAGGAUUGAGCAAACUGGUAAUUUAUCAUUGCUAUGGUCUUUCAGGCUAUUUGAGGAGAUGCCGUCAUCGUCAUCGUCAUCCUUACUCUCUGGCUCCAAUACUGCGAGUGCUGAGCUUCCUCUAAUCCCUUGCAAGCUCUGCAAUGGGGUGAUGAUUGAGCAGGUCUCCAAACAACCAGAAACCACAUCGAGGAAGUUCUACCGGUGCAGAGCCAAGAGAACGGAUGGGUCUCAAUGUGAUUUUUUCCACUGGCAAGCGAGCUAUGCUGUUUUGUUAAUCGAGGAUGGGUUUGUCAGUGGUGACCGACGCCUUGAGUUGUUAAUGAUCGCACUUAAUGAUCAUGGCAAAGCCAUUGAAUCUGUAACCAAUUCCAUCAGAGAUAUGAAGAAAAAGCUGUCCAACCUGGAGUUAGUGAUGGAAGAGCUGGAUAACGUGAAAAAGUCGACGAAGGCAGCCAUGAUUGAAAUUGAGGAAAACAAGAAAUCGACAGCUGCUGCAUUGAAACUGAUGGAGAAUGAGCUGCAAAAGCUGAAAGGGUCAACUAAAGUGAAACCUAGGAAUAUGGCACUGUGUUUUCUGGUUUUGGCGUUGAUUGGGUGGUUUGUGAUGGGACAGAUGAAUUGGGGGGAGGAAGGAUCCAGCCGAUUUAUGCUGAGAGGCUAA